AUGGCCGUCAAAGUGAAAUUGUUCUUAAACACUUUGUAUUUCCCUCCAUUGCUUCAGCUUAGAACGCAGCCAUUCCCGCCAUCCCCGAAUUUCUCCCAAACAAACAAAAACCCUACCAACGAGUUUUCCUUUUCCCCAAAAUUCGAAUCAAACCAGAACCCUAAACAAUGUGUUCAUGGCAAAUCCUCUCCCACUCUCCAAACAAUUUCCACUGGCAAAUCACCGAACACGUUUCCCAUGCUUCUCCCACUCCCCUCCCCUCUCCCAUUCCCCUCCCUUCCAUGGCCGAUCUUCUUCUCCAAGGCUCACCGGCCCUUCUUCCUUCCCACGACGCCGGUGCGCGAGGUGAAGAGCGUGCAAUAGAUGAAACUCUCAGCUUCUCGAAUUCGCUUUUUACGACAGGCUCUGGGAAAAAAGUGACCAUAUCUUCUAGAGGUCUGGUUAGAGCAAAGACAUUGCUGGAUACCAUUGAUAUUAAUAUCCAAAGUACAAGUAAAUUGUUUGCAUUUGGCGAAACAGCCGGAAAGCAACAACUACAAGUAUAUGAAGAAUCACCUGAAUCGAAGCUGCAUACAGUUAUCAACAGUCCUUCUGUUGGGGUUCUUCAUGCAUUAGAUAAUGGUUUUGAGGAAAGGAAUUCAUUCAAGCAAGCUCCGAUUAAAUUUCGCACUGCAGGUGGAAGAUCUAUAUCCAUUUCGAGUGGCGCGCUGCGGCGAGCUCGGAGCCUUCUCGGUGAUUCGGAUGUGGGGGAUUUGUUUGAAGGAGGGAAUGCCGGUGAUUCAGUGUUCUCAUUUCCUUUGAAGCGACAAACUGACGCAGCUGCUCCUAGUGAUUAUAGUACUCCUGUGGUUCACGGGAUGGCAUCAGAUAGCAAUUUUAAGACGAAGAGUUUUACUUUCCCCAUGAAGUCUUCUAGGCAAAGAGGAUUGCCAACCAAGUUUCCUUGUGAAGGUGAUGGGAUUAACUUGACCAAGAAGUUUGAUGCUGUUGGGGAAGAGAGUGAUUGCGGCAGGAAAAGUACAGAUGCUUGUGGACAGAAGUCUUUGUAUGGCAGGAGCCAAACACCAAAUUCACUAGUAUAUGAUUCUUCAUUGAAUUGUUUUUCUUCAAAAGUAGAUACACUGGGUGGGGCAACACGCAGGGCAUUGGCUGAUCUUUCAAAUACCAUUAACACGGAUACAGCAAACAAUAGGCAAGCUGCUAGUGGAAAACGGAGACUAGGGUUGUCUGUAACUGUUUCUCCCUUUAAAAAGCCACGCAGUUCCAACUCUCCUGCUCCUUUAGAGGAGGAUGUUGGAAAAUCUCCUCAUGAUUUGUCUCAAUUGUCCUCUGAUAUCUCGGAAUGCAAAGGAGAGGUUUCUACCCGAUAUCCAUUUCACUAUCCAAGGGUGUACAUCAAGGAUUAUUUUGUUGGGCGUCCAAUGGAAAAGAGAGCGUGUUUUCCCAACCUGAGUAGACAGGUGACAUCAGUUAAUGCGGAAAAGUACGUGUUUCAUAAAGGAUCUGGUGAUAAUGGUAUAGGAGCAGAGGCUUUUGUUCAUCUAUUGGCUCUCCAUGGAGCUUCCAUGCAUUUUGCAACUAAAGAGUGGGUCACAAAUCAUUACAAGUGGAUUGUCUGGAAAUUGGCAUGCUAUGAGAGAUACUACCCAGCUAGUUCAGCUGGAAAUUUUUUGACUGUAUCGAAUGUGCUUGAGGAACUGAAGUACAGAUAUGAAAGAGAAGUGAAUCAUGGCCACCGGUCUACCAUCAAGAAAAUUCUCGAAGGGGAUGCAUUGUCUUCAUCAAUGAUGAUUCUAUGCAUUUCAAGUAUUCACUCUAGUUAUAUAGAAGAAAGUGGGACUUGUUUUGACACAAAAUCUGGGGCUCAGAAAACAAAAGCAGUGAAAAUUGAACUAACUGAUGGAUGGUAUUCAAUGAAUGCUAUUUUAGAUGUUCCAUUGUCAAAGCAACAAGCUGCUGGAAGAUUGUUCGUGGGACAGAAGCUCCGACUCUCAGGAGCAGGAUUAUGCGGCUGGAAUGGGCCAGUUUCACCCCUUGAGGUGUCAUCAACAGUUAGUUUAUUGCUGCACAUAAAUGGAACGUAUAGAGCUCACUGGGCAGAACGGUUAGGAUUCUGUAAGGUUGCCGGUCCUCCUUUGGCUUUUAAAUGCAUAAAAGGAAAUGGUGGUCUAAUACCGCAAACGUUGGCUGGAAUUACUCGCAUAUAUCCCAUUCUUUACAAGGAAAGGUUAAGCAGUGGACGGUCUGUUGUCAUGUCAGAGAAGAUGGAGAAUAAAAUGACAGAGUUGUACAAUCAGAGACGCUCUGCUGUUGUAGAUGGCAUCAUUUCUGAGUAUCAGAAGGAAAGUUCGUACAUUAAUUAUGACAGUGAUAGCGAAGGUGCUAAGAUUUAUAACAUGCUCGAGACAGCGGAAGAACCUGAAUUCCUAAUGGCAGAUAUGAGUGCAGAGCAGCUUAGUUCUUUUGCUGCGUAUAAGGCCAAACUAAAUGCAAUCAGACAGUCAGAAAAGGAAAAAUCAAUAGAAAAAGCUUUGAAAGAUGCUGGCUUGGGACAUAGAGAAGUCACGCCAUUUAUGAAGUUACGAGUAGUUGGAUUAACUUAUAAAACUCGACAAGACAAACCUAAAGAAGGCAUAGUAACAAUCUGGAAUCCCACUGAGAAGCAGCGUCUGGAGUUGGUGGAAGGAGGAGCAUAUUCCAUUGCAGGACUCAUGCCAUCAAGUUCUGUUUUUGAUAUCCUUCACUUGCAUGCUAGAGGGUCUAGUACCAAAUGGUGGCCUUUAUCUUCUAAUGCAAGAGAACAGUUUAGGCCAUUUUUUCGUGGUAGAAAAUCGACCCCGUUAUCAAGUUUGGGUGACAUCCCUGUUUCCAACGAGUUUGACAUUGCUGCAUAUAUUGUGCAUGUGGGAGGAGUUUAUACAUCAAAUCAGCAUCAGAAGCAAUGGGUUUUUGUGACGGAUGGAUCCAUCAUGAAUGGUUUACAGUCAGAAAAGUUAAUCAACUCCUUGCUUGCUAUCUGCUUUUGCUCUCCGUUGAUUGAUCAUGAUUCAUCAUUUCCAUUAAUCAGCUGCAACCUUGCAGGAUCUACGGUUGGUUUUUGUAAUCUUAUAAAAAAGGAAAAGGACCAUACAAACAACAUCUGGGUUGCCGAUGCUAACGAAAACUCUGCUUAUUAUUUGAAUUUUGAUUCCUCAAACUGUUCUCACCUCAGAAAUGCUGCCAGCUCCAUCAGAAGAUGGGCAGACAAUUCUAGUUUGAUAAUAGAGAAACUGAAGGAAAAGGUGUUGUAUGUGGUUGGUGAUGAUUGUAAAGCAUAGGGAAAACAACAAAUGUUCCUAUUUUGCUCUAUUGUCUGACAUUCACAUCACGUAGUUAAAGGUUAACCUGAUCUUUUAGUUUCUUUUCUUACCAAUUAUGAUUAUGUUUUGUAAUUAAAAUUAAAAUAAUCCUAGAAUGAGUAAAUUUUUUCAAACUA